AUGGCGUCCAACUUAGUGCAGCUCCAGGUUCCCACAUUGAAGAAAGAAAAUUACGAAAGAUGGUGCAUCCAAUUCAAAGCAUUGUUUGGAUCACAGGAGCUAUGGGAAAUAGUUAGUAGUGGGUAUGUUGUACCCACUGCCGAGCAAGAAGCCGCAUAUACUGCAGACCAAAGGAACAUUCUCAAGGACUUACGAAAUAAGGACCAGAAGGCGCUGUAUUUUCUAUACCAGGGUCUGGAAGAUUCAACGUUCGAGAAGGUUGCAGAAGCAACAACGAGCAAGCAAGUAUGGGACACACUCAGUACAAUCUACAAAGGAGUAGAUCGAGUCAAGAAAGUGAGGUUACAGUCACUUCGAGCAGAUUUUGAAACUGCUCACAUGAAUGAAGGGGAGAGCAUCUCCGACUAUCACUCAAGGCUCAUUGUGAUAGUAAAUCAGAUGAGGAGAAAUGGCGAGAGACUCGAUGAAGUACGAGUUGUGGAGAAGAUACUCCGAUCACUCACAUCUAAGUUUGAGCAUGUGGUGACUGCCAUUGAGGAAUCCAAGGAUUUGGAGGCGAUGAGCACAGAGGAGCUACUAGGAUCCCUCCUAGUUCAUGAGCAACGCAUUUAA